AUGGUAGUGCGACAGCGGAGGUGAACAAGGGAACGCCAAAUGACAAUAAUAAUUAUAAAGAAAGCCUCUCGACAAGGAAAAUAAACUCACAGAUGCAAACCAGAGCGAAAAAGUGUCGACGCAAGAAGCCAUAUGACUUCAGCAAUUCUCGCCAGAGACGAGUCGCUUUGCAGGUGUGUUAUUUCGGUUGGGAUUACUAUGGACUGCAGAGGCAACCAGACGUAGGUGCUACCAUUGAGUCUCAUUUAUUCGAAGCCCUGGAGAAGACCUGCCUGGUAGAGAAUCGAGACACAUGCCAGUACAAUCGGUGUGGGCGUACAGACAAGGGUGUGAGCGCAUUUGCACAGACUGUGUCCAUCAAUGUCCGCACCAAACUCACGAACCCACGAGGACUGAUCACUGCCGAGUCUGUGGUCAGAGAAGGCCCGCCACCAGAGGUUGAGCAGCCGCCCCUCCCUGAGACUGAAGAUGCAACUCCUGCCGCGACAGCAACGAUCAUUGCCUCAGACACAGCAGCCGUGUAUGACGACGAUGCGGAUGAACUGUGUUUUGUGCGCAUGCUGAAUGGGGUGCUUCCCAGAGAUAUCCGUGUGACGGCCUGGGCGCCUGUAUCAGAUGACUUCAAUGCCAGGUUUGACUGCAGCUCACGAACGUACAAGUACUACUUCAUUAGCACGGGCCUAAACGUCCCCGCUAUGGACGAGGCCGCCUCACAUCUGGUGGGCACGCACGACUUCCGGAACUUCUGCAAAAUCGACACGACCAAACACGUGGCCAAUCACGUACGCACGAUACACAGCUUCACCAUUGGGCGAACCACUCAGCUGGAAAACCCUUCAAGCGAGCUGUACACCGAUGCGGAUGUGCUCGAGUUCACGAUAGUGGGAACCAGCUUUCUGUGGCAUCAGGUCCGGUGUAUGGUUGGAGUGCUGUUUCUGGUGGGGCAGGGCCGCGAAAGCUCGCAGACGAUAGACACACUCCUGGAUAUAACAAAGUGCAAAGGACGGCCCCAGUACAAUAUGGCACCCGAGGGACCGCUAGUUCUGUACGACAGCCAAUACAAAGACCCGCAAUGGCGUCAUAACAAAGAUUCGCAUAAGCUGCUGAUGAGGUCACUGACAGAGCAGUAUACGACACAUGCGAUGAGGGCCACCAUGGCGCGCACCUUCUUGAAUCGACUGAGAACUGCGACCCUACACACAGACAAAGGAGGCGACGUCGUUCCGUGGACUCAAGUGGAAGAGGAGAUGCUUAGUGCGCCAGUUCCCCACCACUACAAGCCAUUACUCUCUCGGAAUAUUAGCACAACUGUGGAAGCAGCCUUCGAGAGGAAGGCGAAGAAACAAAAGCUGGAAAGUGAUUCUGCAUCAAAUUCGGGGCACAAAUAAAGUCCGGGGGAAAAUGAUGUCAAAGAGUAGUUCCGGGUCAUACUAUAGCGUUUCUUUUUCUUUUAUGACUAUCCAUCAAUUUCGAAAGUGUUGUACAAGCCCUACUAG